AUGUCUAAAUCAAAAAUAAUGUAUAAAACAUUACAAAAUGAGACAAAUAAUUCUUUAGAGUUUGAUGCAACGAUUCCAUGGAUCAAAGAAUUAACAGAGGAUUUAAUCGCUGAAAAUGGUUGUUUGCGUCGGACACUUGAAGAGAUGGAAGACAAAAUUAAGAAAAAAAAAGGAAUCACAGAAACGGUGCAAAUUUUAGGGAAACCUAAUGAAAUAGCAACUGCAAAGAUUAUCGAACUUAGCAAAAAAUGUAGAGAACAAAUAGCUGAGAUUGAAGUGCUUAAAUCUAAGUGCAAAAAUUUAGAAGUUCAUUUAACUAACAAAGAAACAGAAUUAGAAGAUGAACGGCACGAAAGUAGACGUUUAAAAACUGAUGCCUGCUCUCAAGAGAGUGAGUUAUAUUAA